AUGUCUUCGUUCUAUGCCGCGGAAACCCCUGAACGGGUGAAGAAAGCCCAAGGCUUACAUCUCAUAACGUCUCUCACCCCAAAUGGAAGAAAAGUCCACAUUCUUCUCGAAGAGCUCAAGGACGCCUACGGCCUUGAAUGGACAACAAGUUUGAUUGAUCUCGAUAAUAACGAACAGAAAAAAGACUGGUUUCUUAGACUAAAUCCUAACGGCCGCAUCCCAAUAUUAGUCGACAAUGAUCAGAGUCCACCUCACGUUGUCAUGGAAUCAUCUGCUGAGCUAUUGUAUCUCGUCAAUUUGGCAGACGCCGACAAUCUUUUCUGGUUUUCGGACCCGAUUGAUCAAAGUGAAGCAUUUCAAUGGCUAAUAUUCUGGCAUGCCUCGGGGCAACCCAAUCAAGGGCAAUAUAACUUUUUUCGGAAUAAUGCGGACCGAAUCCCUCAUGUAGUGGAUCGUUUCAAGCGGCAGGCGCUGCAGGCUUAUGAUGUACUUGAAAUCCGCCUUUCGGGGAGAUAUGGUGGUGGAACACGGGAAUAUUUGGCUGGGGAAGAUAAGGGGAAAUAUAGCAUUGCUGAUAUGAAUGCCUGGGCGUGGAUACGAAAUAUUCGACGAAUUGGACUCUCAGAGGAUGAAUUGGCUCAGUUACCUCAUUUGCAGCAGUGGGUGGAUCGCAUUGCGGCGCGACCGGCUGUGGAGCGAGGCUUGGGGGAGUGGUAUGAUGAGGAUUUGCAUCCAGAGUUAUUGAUUGAGACUGCGUGA